CAAGAAAUCGGGAAAAAGCUAAGACAGGUGUAUGGCACGAAAAAUGCCAUAAUUAAGUUGACUAACCUAAAAAAAGACGCUGUUGAGAUUGAAGGUCGUCGAAUAAUACAUCUGGAGACAUUAGGAAAGGAAUUAAACUGUAAAAAGUGUAAUUCAGUACUCAGUUUACAAAAUAUUCUUCACGAAGAAAGACAUGGUUUAGCGUCUAUUUUUUUAAUAAAAUGUCAUCAGUGUGAAGGCAUCUCCAAAGUGUGCAGUGAUAAGGAACAUAAAGUUUAUGAAAAACGCACACAUUUCGAUACUAACACAAAAGUAGUGAUAGGUACAUUAAAUGCAGGUAUGGGGAAUACUCAUUUGAAUAAAGUAUUAUCUGCACUGAAUAUCCCAGAAUUCAAUUGGGACGUGUUCAAAGUCCAUGAAAAAGAAGUUGGACGGGCUGUUGAAGAAAUGGCUCGUGAAAGUUGCAUAAAUGCAACUGCUGCAGAGAGAUAG